UACUUAUAAAUAUCUGGGAAGCUGCCCUUGCUCCCAAGCAGCUUAGAAACUCCGCCAUAAACCAUAUUUAUAUCGACACACGACUUGCCUUAUCAAUACAGCCCUACGCUUAAUAGCAUGAUGGUUGACUUGAGAGAAAUUGCCGUAAUCGGAGGCACUGGCGCUCAGGGCAUGCCUGUGGUCAAAGCCCUGGCAGAGAGUGGACGAUACCGUCUCAGGGUCUUGACCCGCAACCCCAGCUCCACUCGCGCGCAGCACCUGGCUGGUCUCCCUAAUGUGUCCUUGCUCCAGGGUGCGCAGGACAACCAACGGGAUUUACAUAAUGUAUUCCGAGGAGUCUAUGGUGCCUGGGUCAACACAGACGGGUUUACUCUAGGGGAAAAAGAUGAACUGUUCUACGGCUUUAGAGCCUAUGAGAUCGCGAGAUCUGAAGGGGUACAGCACUACGUCUGGGCUAACAUCGAAUAUGCCAUGGAUGCCGCCAACUUCGACGAAAAGUACCAUUGUGGCCAUAUGGACUCCAAAGGACGAGUUGGCAAAUUUAUCCUUGGCUUAGGACAGGGCGGUAUGAAGAGCACACUCUUCAGUACUGGGCCAUAUAUGGAUAUGCUUAUGGAUGGGAUGUUUGUGCCUAUCGAGCAGCAGGACGGGUCAUUUAUGUGGGCCAAUCCAGCUCCAAGCGACAUGAAGAUGCCAUUGAUAGCACUCUGUGAUGUUGGUGCCUACAAUCUCUGGAUUUUUGACAACCCAUCCGAGUCGGCCGGUAUGGAUCUCCAAGUUAUGACGGAUAAUGUCAGUUUCGGAGAGAUCGCAACGAUCUUCACUAAAGUCACCGGCAAACCCGCGGUCCAUAAGUCCAUCCCAUUUGAAACAUACGCAUCUGUUGCAGAGCCUUACCCCGGCGCAUCUGUGAACUGGGCCCUCGGCCCCAAUGCGGCUCGAGAUGACUCUAUCAUGAGUUGGCGCGAAAAUUUUGGGGCGUGGUGGCGCUAUUGGGGAGACGGCAUUACCAAGGCACGGGAUACGAUGGUUCUAGACCGUAUCCACCCGCAGCGCAUCAAGAGCUUGGCAGAUUGGAUGAAGCAUGUCGGCUAUGACGGGAAACAGAGGAGCGUCCUGAAAAUGGUCGAAGACUGGAGUAUCAAAAAUGGGGCGUCGCCUCAGAAGUGAAUUAAAUCUUCCAGCUUGCUAGAUCAAUUAAGCACGAGGAGUUCUUUUAAUAUCCAUCUAAUUUUUUGCGUACUGUUUUGGGUUUUGUGUGUGCUCCGCCUGUACUAAGAUGCUGUAGUAAUACUCGAUUAUUUUGAUAUUGAAUCAAGCUCCGAAAGUGACCGGAGAAGUUCAUGGUUUACUAAAGCGAAGUAAUGCGGAAGGUUCAU